ACACUGUCUGCUUCCCACCCCUUUUCCCUCCUACUUGCCUUCUAUCCACUUUCAGUGCAUUUCUGUUGACACACAAGGAUCCGACCCAUGCGCACACACACACACACACACACACACACACACAGACAAACUAUCACACAUAUUCACAGAAAGGAAAACAUUUUAUCUCACACAGAUGGCUGCUAGCACACUCCUCUCUCGAUCUCUUUCUAUAAGCAGGUGUUGAAAUGCAACACUAACUAUUAGAGGCCGAGAGAAAAAGAGGGAGAGAGGGAGGAGAGAGAACGGGAGAGAGUGCACUUCCCCAACUGUAGCAGAGAGAGAGAGGGGACGAGAGGGAUUGUCAACGAGGAGAGGGAGAGCAGAAGCCUAAAGAGGGAUCUGCAUGGUAAGUAACCAGACCAGCGAGCACUUUUUUUCGUUUAAAGUUCCUGUUUUUUGUUGGAGGGAGAAGAAAAUAAAGACACAACGGAGGAGUCUGGACCCUGUCCCCUACUUUCUGGACGAGUGGAGUAAAAAUCUGAGGAAGACCCGAAGGGAAUGAAGCUGGGAGGGACACAAGGCAGUCAUGGAUAGCACAUAGAGCCUCAGCCAGACGCUAGGAUGGCCUGGAUUCACACACUGUCACUGGCAACCAUCCAGCUCAGAAGCUACUGAUACCCAUGAGCAGUGUUUCUGCAGGGAGAGUGUUUUUCUCUCCCACGCUCUGCCUCCAGACCAAUAGUAUAUCUCUGCUUGUGGAGACUGAUGCCUGUACAACAGCUGCUACACUCCAGGCCAAUACGAUGAUCCGUACAGAAAAAAUGAAGAACCAAUGAACCACGUUACAUAAAAAGGUUCAACAGUCAUGCUUCCCGGGUAUGGAUUCUCCCCUCUCCCUGACUUCCAGCCUCACCUCCAUGUCUUCCGUUGCCGAGGAGAGUGUCCCAGCAUGUGGUUCCCGGUCUCAGGCGAGUCCCAGGCUUUGAGCGAGGCCCGGGACGACAGGCCUCUCCUGCGGCAGUGCCAGCACAACCACAUCGCCGUGUGUCAGCAGGAGCGGCAGCAGCCUGUGACCCCCAGCGACAACAGCCAUGGAUCACCUACUGCAGACGCUCAGCACUCCACCCCUUUGCCUCUGAAUCAUCGCAAACACAUAAGGACUGAAGCAGAAAAUGGCGGCUGGAGGAGUAACCCUGAUCAAGACACUGAUACGGACCUGAGUUCAGACUCUCAGAUGCUAGGGGGUGAAGUUGAGCUUUUUAUCCGGGAAGAUAGGAGGACUGACCCUCCAGGGCAAGAGAAGUGUGAGAGACCCAUGGUGGUGUCGACGGUGUUUCGUCCCCUCCACACAGCCCUCAGCCUGCCCCUGUUCCUCCCUCUGUCCUCCCUGUAUAGGGACACAGACUACUGUAACUCUCAGCCACCUGGCUCUCCAUCCUCACAUGAGCCUCCGGAGAUGCAGACCCCAGACACCUGUCGACCCCAGAGGAGGACGUCACAGGGUUCACUCAAGGAAAAGUCUAUCCGGCGUAAGAUGCGAGUGUACUCACCAGACAGUCUGAGUGACGAUUCUUUGGCCAGCCCCAUUCUGGAUGGCGACUACCUCUUCUCAGGACCCUUCGAUUCCUUCCUGGAGGAGGACAUCGGGGGAGACCCUGUAGAUGCCACAAGCCCCUCAUCAACAGGGGGGACACCCAACCCCCAAAAGACUCCACCUUUUUCCGCAGAGCCGCUGCAGUUGUCAGAGCACUCAUCUGUCUUGAACUAUGGGGCUGUAGAGAAUUCCUCGGCCACCGGAGGAAGCUCUUUAGCCCACUCCAGUAUGGCGGAACACGAGCGGCGUCGCUUCUCAGCCUCAGAGCUGAUCUCACGGCUACAGCUUUCCCAGAGGAAGAACUCGUUCACACUAAAGCUUGGCAAAUCGCUGUCAGCUCGCGUGGCCUCCCGCGACAGGCAGAACCCCAGCAACUUCAGCCCUGACUAUAAGUCCACUUCCAGGCAUCGUGGCUCAGGUGGUGCCAGUGACAGCGCCCCCCAUAGUCCAGUAGGACCUACACCGCAACUGCCAUCUGCUGACAAAAACACGCAACAACAUCGACGUAGCACCGGAUUCACAAUCAAAAAUUUGAGGAAGAAAUCCAUUGAGGAUGAUUGGUGCACUCCUCCCACAGUCAGCAGAUCCAAUCGUCUGUCACGGUUUCUCCCCAGCUCAAUUCUGUACCAGGAGUACAGUGAUGUUGCAAUCAACCGAGAAAUCCUGAGGCAGCAGGGGGAGGAGCCAGGUGCUGAGGAGGAGGGGCUAAGGGAGGAAGGGGCUGGGGAGACUCCAUCUCCAUCUAAUCUGUCUCCAUCCAGCUCCUUUUGCUCGUCACGAGGCUCCGCCUUCUCGCUGUGGCAAGACAUCCCUGAUGUCCGGACCAGCGGUCAGCUGGACAACUUCAGCAACGUGGAGCGCAAACUACAGGAGGCCAAGUUUGAGCUGGUGACAUCAGAGGCGUCGUACAUUCGGAGUCUGACCAUCGCAGUGGACCAUUUUAUGCUGUCCCAGGAGCUGGGGGAGUGUCUGGGGGCCCAGGACAGACAGUGGCUCUUCUCCAAGCUCCCCGAGGUCAAGGACGUCAGUGAGAGGUUUCUGCAGGACCUGGAGCACCGGCUGGAGGAGGACAUCUUGCGUUUUGAUGUGUCUGACAUCGUCCUGGCCCACUGUCCCGCCCUGCGAAGGGUCUACCUCCCCUACGUGACCAACCAGGCCUACCAGGAACAGACCUACCAGCGCAUGUUACAGGAGAAUGCUCGCUUCCCAGGUAUCCUGGCUCGUUUGGAAGAAGACCCCAUCUGCCAGCGUCUUCCCCUCGCCUCCUUCCUCAUCCUCCCCUUCCAGAGGAUCACACGGCUCAAGAUGCUGGUGGAGAAUAUCCUAAAGAGGACAACACCAGGCUCUAGGGAUGAGGACACAGCCACCAAGGCCUUCAAUGAGCUGAAAAAGAUUAUAAAGGAAUGUAACUCCAGUGUGCAGUCAAUGAAGAGGAUGGAAGAGCUCAUUCACCUCAAUAAGAAGAUCCACUUUGAGGGCAAGAUAUUCCCUCUGAUCUCCCAGUCUCGCUGGCUGGUCAAGCAUGGAGAACUGCUCGAAGUGGACACACAGACCAUGAGUAUUUCUGGGUCAAAGUUCAAGUUGCCCACAAGGCCUGUGUACCUGCAUCUGUUCAAUGACUGUCUUCUGCUGUCCAAGAGGAAGGACACGUGGAAGUUCAUGGUGUUUGUUCACGCUAAGAUCGGGCAGCUGAAGGUGAAGGACCUCAGUCAGAAGCUUCAGGGCAUCUCAGGUUUCAUCUUCCACCUGCAGCUGUGUGAGGGCCGGCAACUCAAACACCAGAUCCUACUCAAGGCCCACACUGAGAGUGGGAAACAAAGAUGGAUCACAGCCAUGUUCCCCUCUGAUCCAUUGGAAGAUAUUGAGCAGGCCACUGAGAAUGAUGAUCUUUCCCAAGUUCAAUGCAUCAAGAGUUACCAGGCCCAAGAGCAUGAUGAGCUUACAUUGGAGAAAGCUGAUAUUCUUCAAGCCAAGACCAUUACAAGUGACGGCUGGGUGGAGGGCAUUCGGCUGUCAGACGGGGAGCGGGGCUGGUUCCCCAAAACCAACGUGGAGGAGAUCACAAGUCGCAGUGCGCGUCUCCGCAACCUCAGAGAAAACAUCCGCGUUAAGUGUGUCACACAGAAACUGGAAGAGGAGCUCUUUUAAGUGUCCUUUCCAUCCUGCAGGUUUUCAUUUACACUUGGAAUGUACAAUCAAACAGGGCAGCAACUCUCAACUCGUAUCCAUUAGACCCAGCUUUUAUGCAACACCAGUUAUACAAUAGCUGAGCAGUUUUAGAUUAUCUGGAUGUGGGAGUUUUAUUUAGUCUGCAGGUGCUCAUAAGGACAUCAUUUUUGGCAUAGCUCGAGCAUAAGCAAUAUUCUUAAGAAAUAUGGUUAUCCAGCUGCAUAGCAGUAAUUUUCUUUCACUCAUGCUUGCUAUGACUGCAUAUACAGUACAACUACUGUAACACAACUAUGGAAAUACUGUAUCAGAAACCAAGCAUUUGUCUUUGCCCCCAAGCACUGUAAUAGGAAUAAACAUAAUUUCAGACAUCACAUUCAACAAAACAUUAAGAACUACAGUGUUUGUGCAUCUUCCCUGUCUUUUGACUUUCACUGCUAGUUACACCCUAUUGACAAUAAGAGUUGUUUACGCGUAGACAAAAAUUAAGACAGUAGCACAUUAUAUUAUUGACCAACCACUACUACCAUCUACAUGCAGAUGUUCACCAUUCCAGUGACACAUUAAAUAUUUUUAAAAUAUAGUUAAAAAAAAAAGUUGUUAGUGCUAAUUUAAAUGUUUGGUGUUGUGUAUUUGUUUAUGCUCCUAUAGCUGGUUAUUCUCUAUGGAGAUAAUGAUGUACAUUUACAUAGUGUAGAUGCACUUGUUUAAAUGAGUAAUGGCUCAUUUACUAUUAUGACUGUAAUUUAUGAGGGCCAGGGUCUGCCAAAAAUAUGCCAUACCAUUUUAACAAAUCUUAGAACUUAUAAUACAUGCGCUACUUGAGAUUUCUGGUUCUGAACAUAAUACUUUAAAUGUUUUACCCCUGAAAUAAAUGCACAUACUAUUCAGUGUUUUAUAAGACCACUGCUGAAAUUGUUUCAUAUAAUAAUAUGUAGGUGAAGCCUGAAUGUUUGUGACCAUGACAUAAAGUUUGAGUUACUUGUACUGUACAUAUAAGUAUUGUACAUAAUAAGAACACAAUUUGGGAAAGGUAUCUAGUUACCUUUUAUUGAGUCCGUACAUUUCAA